UUUCCUUCACCAACUCACCUUUCAACCAGAAACUUCUUUGUCCUUUCUCUUCUUUCUUCUUUUCCACCUCUUCUCUUCUAAAAUUCCAGGAUAAUCACAACCCUGAAGGGUUUUAUAUAUAUUUACACACCAGACUUGCAAGAAAAAUAGUUAUGGAGUCGUCUUCUGUGGCUAAAAGGCCUUGUUUCAUUGAGGAAGAUGAUGGGUUGGCUUCUCUUGCUGAUAUGGAAGCUGGGUUUUCAGGGAACCACCACCAGCACCCGUUCUUUUCUCGGUCGCUUUGUUAUGGGAGAAGGGGUAGUUUCAGAAACCUGUCAUCGUCUAUUUCUUCUCCAAGAUCUGCGAGGUUUUAUGAUGCGAGAUUUGAAGAUCAUCAACCUCAUUUCUUAGAAACUUGUUUUCUUUGCAAGAAACCACUGGGUAACAACAGAGACAUCUUCAUGUAUAGAGGGGACACACCAUUCUGUAGUGAAGAGUGUAGACAAGAGCAAAUAGAGAUAGAUGAAGCAGAAGAAAAGAACUGGAAUCUUUCUGCUUCCAAGAAAGCUAUAAGGAAAAAAGACCAGAAGAAAUCCAUCUCCCCAACCAGAAAUCGAGACUACCCUUCUCGUACUGGAACUGUAGCUGCAGCUUAAUUUCACAACAUAAAUAUAUAAUAUACUAAUAUUAUAUUAUAUCAAUGAAUCAAUCAAGUUCUCUUGGAAAAACAGAGGAAAGAACAGUUUGUGUAUGGUUCUGUGGUUUGAAUAUGUGAUGAUAGUUUUGUCCAUUAACGGCAAAGCCAGAGAGGGAGAUGGAGGAUGAGAUGAAGACCCAUUUUGACGAUUUUGAUUUUCUUUUUUAAUUUUUUUUGGGUUUUUCACCUUCUGUGAAUUGUUAUAUGUAUGAGGAGUGUGUGUUGGCUUUGAUGGAGCUGCUCCAUGAAACUCUUCUCUCUCUCUCUCUCUCUAGUAAAAGGAUCUUUUUCUAGUAAUGUGUUAAAGAAGAAAUGAUGACAAGGAAAUUUUCUAA